GCUCUGGGCUGCCGUUGGCGUCAGUUCCGCCCCUCCCCCGUUUCAGUGAGCCGGGCUGGAGGAGGAGGCGGAGUCGGUUCCUGGUGGGGCUGUGAGUGUCCCUGACCCGCGUCGCGUUACCCCGUCCCAGGAAGCAGCCGCCGUCUCCCUGCCCAUGCCGGGCGGGGGGAUUUGAAUUGACACCGGGUCCUGCGGCAGAGGCUGCGCUGUGAGUGUGGACGGGACAGUUAGAGCGGUGUGGGCGCCUGGACUAUAAUUGAUGCAAAAUGAGUGUUCCUGACUACAUGCAGUGUGCUGAGGACCAUCAAACUCUCCUGGUUGUGGUCCAGCCAGUUGGGAUUGUCCCUGAAGAAAACUUUUUUAGGAUCUACAAACGAAUUUCAACCGUGAGUCAGAUUAAUGUCCGUGACUCCCAGCGUGUGCUAUAUAUCCGCUAUAGACAUCACUACCCUCCAGAAAACAAUGAAUGGGGGGAUUUUCAGACUCAUCGGAAAGUUGUGGGGCUCAUAAUCAUAACAGACUGUUCCUCUGCAAAGGAUUGGCCCCAAACUUUUGAAAAAUUCCACCUUCAGAAGGAAAUAUAUGGUUCUACACUCUAUGAUUCCCGAUUGUUUGUCUUUGGGCUUCAAGAAGAGGUUGCAGAACAGCCCCGCACAGAUGUGGCAUUUUAUCCUAGUUACGAUGAAUGUGAAACUGUGGAGAAGAGAAUAGAAGAUUUUAUUGAAUCUCUCUUCAUUGUACUGGAAUCCAAACGUCUUGACAGGGCCACUGAUAAAUCUGGUGACAAGAUCCCACUUCUGUGUGUCCCUUUUGAAAAAAAGGACUUUGUAGGUCUGGACACUGAUAGUAGACAUUAUAAGAAACGUUGUCAAGGUCGGAUGCGGAAACAUGUUGGUGAUCUGUGUCUACAAGCUGGGAUGUUACAAGAUUCCUUGGUACAUUAUCAUAUGGCUGUGGAACUUCUGCGUUCUGUAAAUGACUUUUUGUGGCUUGGAGCUGCUCUUGAAGGUUUAUGCUCAGCAUCAGUUAUCUAUCACUACCCUGGUGGCACAGGAGGUAAAGCUGGGGCUCGUAGGGCACAAGGUAGUUCUCUUCCCACUGAGGCAAGCAACAGACACCGACCAGGGGCACAAGAAGUUCUCAUUGACCCAGGUGCCCUCACUUCAAAUGGUAUAAAUGCAGAUACCAGUGCUGAAAUAGGACGUGCCAAGAACUGCCUUGGCCCUGAAGACAUCAUAGAUAAAUAUAAAGAGGCCAUUUCUUACUAUAGCAAGUAUAAAAAUGCUGGUGUGAUUGAGUUGGAAGCCUGUGUGAAGGCGGUGAGAGUCCUAGCAAUACAGAAAAGAAGCAUGGAAGCUUCUGAGUUUCUUCAGAAUGCAGUUUAUAUCAACCUUCGUCAGCUUUCCGAAGAAGAAAAAAUCCAGCGUUACAGCAUUCUCUCUGAAUUGUAUGAACGUAUUGGAUUUCACCGAAAGUCUGCGUUCUUCAAGCGUGUAGCAGCAAUGCAGUGUGUGGCACCUAGCAUAUCAGAGCCCGGUUGGCGAGCCUGCUACAAACUGCUUUUGGAGACACUUCCUGGAUACAGUUUGUCUUUGGAUCCGAAGGACUUCAGCAAAGGAACUCAUAAAGGAUGGGCUGCAGUGCAAAUGCGUUUGCUUCAUGAGUUAGUGUAUGCUUCAAGAAGAAUGGGAAACCCUGCUCUUUCUGUCCGACACUUGUCCUUCCUUCUCCAAACCAUGUUGGAUUUUCUCUCUGAUCAAGAAAAGAAAGAUGUAACACAAAGCUUAGAAAACUAUACAUCAAAAUGUCCUGGGACGAUGCAGUUCAUCACACUUCCAGAAGGUUUGAGGUUACCCCCCGUGCCGUUCACCAAGCUGCCUAUUGUAAGAUCUGUGAAACUCUUGAAUCUCCCCGUCAGUCUUCGGCCACAGAAAAUGAAAAGUUUGUUGGGUCAGAAUAUGUCAGCCAAAAGUCCCUUCAUAUACUCUCCAAUUAUUGCACACAAUCGUGGAGAAGAGCGAAGUAAGAAAAUAGACUUCCAGUGGGUCCAAGGAGAUGUAUGUGAAGUUCAGCUGAUGGUGUACAAUCCUAUGCCUUUUGAACUCAGAGUAGAAAACAUGGGUCUCCUGACAGCCGGAGUAGAAUUUGAAUCUCUCCCUGCAGCUCUUUCUCUACCUGCUGAAUCUGGCCUCUACCCAGUGACCCUUGUUGGUGUUCCUCAGACUACUGGGCAGAUCACUAUCAAUGGCUAUCAUACGUCAGUCUUUGGAGUCUUCAGUGAUUGUCUUCUGGAUAACCUGCCAGGAUUAAAGACAAAUGGCUGCGCAGUAGAAGUCAUUCCAGCUUUGCCAAGGCUGCAGAUCAGUACCUCUCUACCAAGGUCUGCUCACACACUGCAGCCUUCCUCAGGGGAUGAUAUUUCCACCAGUGUAUCUGUCCAGCUUUACAAUGGGGAGACCCAGCAACUUGUCAUUAAAUUAGAAAAUAUUGGAACAGAACCUCUGGAGAAACUAGAGGUCACAGCAAAAACAGUCAACUCAAAAGAAAAGCUGUAUGGUGAGUUCCUGAGUUGGAAGCUAGAAGACACUCUCUCUCAGUUUCCCCUAAAACCUGGGAAGAUUGCAACAUUUAAUGUAAACAUUAAAGUGAAGCUGGACUUCUCCUGUCAAGAAAACCUUCUGCAAGACCUCAGUGAUGAUGGAAUAAGUAUUAGUGGACUUCCGCUUUCCAGUCCUUUUCGACAGAUUGUGAAACCACGAGUAGACAGCAAACCUAUCAAUGCAACUGAAAGCGGCAAAGUUGGUGACUUCAGUCACGUAAAGACACUGGAAGCCAUUCUGAAUUUCAAAUACUCUGGGGGACCAGGACAUGCUGAUGGCUAUUACAGGAACCUCUCCCUGGGCCUUCAUGUGGAAGUGGAGCCAUCUGUCUUCUUUACACAUGUCAGUACCCUUCCUGCAACAAGCACCCGACAAUGCCAUCUGCUCCUUGAUGUCUUCAAUUCAACUGAACAUGAGCUGACUGUUAGUGCUAAAAACAAUGAAGACCUAGUUCUGCAUGCGGGGGAAUGUCAGCGGGCAAACCUUAAUCUCGAAAAAGCACAUAUGGCUAUCCAGGUUGACAAGUUUAAUUUCGAGAGUUUCCCAGAUUCCCCUGGUGAAAGGAUACAGUUUGCAAACCCAAAGCAACUGGAAGAAGAGAGACAGCAGGCAAAAGGUCUGGAGAUCAACAGCAAGUUAGACGUUUGCUGGAAAAUUCCUUCUUUGAAGCGUGAAGGGGAAGCAAGUGUAGAAGGAGUUCUUAAUCAACUGGUCCUAGAGCAUCUGCAGUUGGCUCCUCUCCAGUGGGAGCAAUGCCUGGCUGAUCCUUAUCAACUGAGAGAAAUUGUGAGACGUGACCUACUCACUUAACUUAAAACAAAUCAUACUCUACACAGGCCUCAGGUCAUUUUCAGAAACCUGGCUUCUGUAUUAGGUUCGUGGAAUUCUAUAUUUGCUUCACCUGGAGUAU